AAAACUGUCAAACGCCGUUAGAUGCACGAUAGCGUUCCAAGGCACAUACGUAUGCAUCCAAGCCCUUUACAUGCCCAUGAAUAUGUAUUUAAACACAGAGGUCAAAACCUCGGUAAAUAUGGCUCGCACCAUGGCCGCAUAUUAAUAUGUCCCGUUUUGUUCGAAGCAGCAGAGCCCGAAAAGUUGACAUGUUUUCUCGUUCCUUAAGGUUCAAGCGCUCGUUGAGCUUCUAUCUGCGAGGAGUUUUUUACAACAGAAUUUUGUUUUAUUCCAGGAUACAUGACCAACAACAGCACCUCACGCAAGGACGUACAUUGUCGUGCCCCGAUACCAAUGCAGCCAGCCAGGUGCCCGGGGCGAAAUUACCAGCGAACGAAUGCGGAUGAGGACAUUUAAAGACAUUCCGUCUGAGGGGCGAAAUAAGAAGAGGCCUGGGGCAAUGCCCAGCUUGAAUCCAGGAGGUUCGUUCCUUCAGGUGCUGCGGGAUGCAUGGAUGCCGGAACAUCCAAAAGGAGCGAGGAUCCUCACGCGAGAGUAGCUGGUUCGUGAUCACCUACUGCUGCUGCUGCCGCUGCUUCUGCUUAGCGCCUAGAGCCAAACUAAGUCUUUUACUUAGUACUCAUGAGCGAUUGUACAACAGCAGCAGAUUUCGAGGCUUUUGCAGAUAACGAUGUGCUCACUCUGGGUGGACAAAAUGCAACCUUAAAAGCGGAACAGAAUAUAUUCAGAGAUCCAGAGAAGCGAUGGACGGGGAGGGAGCGAGCGAGCGAGCGAGGGCAGGCGGGCGGGCGGGCGGGCGGGCAGUACUACCGUAGGGGAGGUGCUUAAUUACCGAAACAAACCUAGCUGUCCUGAUUCAUGGAGUCUCAGAGAAUGGUGCCAUCGUCGGCCAUAGUACGAAUGCUAGUAGAGUCUAGCUAGGCGGCCCGCGCUUCGAUAAAAACAUACUGUCAUCGAUGACUGGCCACGGUCGUCUUGCUUCUCAACUCUCGUCCUUUUAUUCGCACUUUGAGUUGGUCUGUUUGUUCACCUAUCACUACCAGUUUUUUCUCGGGGCCAGUUUGCUCAUCAGAUCCGGUUUGUAUUUAAGUCAAAGACAGGGAAAAUAUGAGCAAGCAUUUCGGGAGAAUAUGUACUGUUGGCUGCCUUGCCUUGCUAUGAAGGUGGACGUUCGGAUGGUACUCGGCCUGAGCCUUGAGGUCGAAGGGCUAAUUUGUAGGUCCAUGCGAGACACAUGGUCAAGGAGUGUGUGAAAGUCAAGAGGGAAUAAAAGCGUUACAAUGAUCAUUUCGGUAUUUGCCCCACUAACUCUCGAGGACGCGUUCGUUCGAUUUCUUUCUACAAAAAGCCCCCGAGCUUGGCCUUUUGCUACCAUUUCUUUCCAUAAGCAGCGGGCUCGGCUGGGCCUGUCGUGUGUAGAGUUCAUAGGUUCAAAUGAUCAAAGGAAACCAUCGAAUGAUUUCGCGGGGUCGAUAAUUUGUUUCUCGGCUCCAGCGACCCCGAGACCGGACAUGACAAUUCUGCUAACGACCACGAGAGACACUGCAACUGCUGCAUGAACAGUCGAUCGGAUUGUAGAACUCGCACUCACUAGAUAAGCCUCCACUGCGGGGAAGGAACUAGUGAGGUGCUUGAGCCGGUUCCGUUAGAUGCAGACCGAUCCUUCUUGGGAGCUUCAGGGCGAAGGGAUAGCUGCUAUUGCUGCGGCUGUUGCUUACUUCAUCCUUCGAUGCAUCGAGAGUGUCAGUAUCUGCUCCAGUGAUGUGUGUGACAGUAUGCUCUCGAAACAGAUUUGGUAUCUCUGUGAUAAGUCCCAGGACGAAACCCCCGCUCCCGGGGUCAGGCUCUUCUGCCAAAGCGGGGAAUUGUGUUCAUCAUCGGCAACCACCCAGGCUUACGGUCAACAAUCUGCUGCUGCUGCUGCGCAUGCUGAAGUAAGCCGAAGGGGCUCGGGAAGCUCGGGUAGCGUUGUGAUAGUAUGCUGUCCGGCGCACUUGGAUUCCAAGAGCUGUGAAGGACGAGGGACAUUUUACCACUGGCACCUAAACUCACUGUCAGCAUCUGGUGAACUAGAUAGAUAGUGAGUUGUGUGAAGAUGUCAUCGAUGCAGGCUUGGUACUUGACGAGAUUCAGGACAAUGGGACGGCUAGCUCACGCAACUUCCCUACACCCACUGCCAAUUUCCGUUUCUGAAGUAGGUGGUGAGUUCUGAAGUAUGCCACAAUCAUACUUGCAAGUGCUCGUGUAGAUCAUGGAGAUCGUGUACGUCAUCUUCUUAGAUCCGCUGUCAGUAUUCCAUGAGCCGGGUAGUAACCACUGGUAAAAUGCCCUGCCUGCCCCCCGUCUCCGGGUAUCACCGACCCUGGGGUCCCCAGGCCCCCUCCCUCGAUUCGUACUCUCUGGGGUCGUGAAUAAGGAAUGGAUGAAUUUUCAUACGCGACACCGGAAGCGCAACUGCAUCCUUCAUGGCUUCAGAUGUUCUGGAUCUCUUGCGAAGCUGAUCCGAUCACUGUAUCUCGUUUAAACAAUGAUCGGCUGCAAUCUGCAGCCACUUAAUUCGCCCAUGCUACUGAUACGAUAAAACCGAUCGAAGUAGACCCAGUGGCCAUGGGGUUUCAAGCGAGGCAAGCGAGUUUUUUAAGAUUUACUGGCAGGAUGUAACCUCCACUUUACGCGAAUAUAGGAGCAGUUUCCAGAAUUUGGUCUGGUUUCGGUUUCGAGGGGAUUCGUGGAGUUUGGUCUCCACCACCGACCGUAUUCAGAAGAAAAGGCUGCAUGAUAACAAUUACUCUUUACUGCUGCAACGUCACGAGUUCGUUGUGGGAUCUAUCUCUCGCGUCGGAUCAGGCUCGGUUUUAUUUCCAAAUGAAUCCAAACUGCUACAGAUUUUACAGUUCAGAGUUCUAUUAAGUACAAAUAUAGACACCAAAUCAUAGCCUCUCGAGUGCUCAUACACAUCAUCUGAACUCGCAAGCCAUUCGUACGAUGGGAAGACGAACCCGGUCCAUGGGACUCGAUGCCAGGAGCAGCAGCACCAGCAGUCAGUUAUAUUUACAUAUGCAUGUAAGGCGAGGAGUGAAUCUGGCUGCUGAUUGUGAGCUGAUGAUUUGCUUCUAACUACAUUGCACCGAAUCGCAUGCAGCUAGUGGGUUAUACACAUAAGCCACUUGCAGGUUGGCUGCAGUGAUAAUGUUGGCAAGUGGGAGGACUCGAUCUCUCAGUAAUCGAGCUUUUGUAGCCGCUUUACUGCAGAACGGAGUAUAUUCCCGUCUGCGUUGCCCUUGAGACUCCGAUACCGUGGGGGUAUGAGGCCGCAUUGCGACCCGAGGAACGUAAAGUAUUUUGUGGUGCACCGGGUGGAAUUGAAUAUAUUUCUUUGAGCUUCUCGCCUGGCACCAAGCACGAAAUAUUCCUCCCUUGCGCUAAAUCAUAUAUUAGAGUUUUGCCAUGGUUGUAGAAAUACAAAAGUAAUUCGAAACUGUUCCCCCUCGGCCCCUUUUUUUCCGCCCCUGCAGAUUCGCUGUACCUCAGGCUCUUAUGGCAACAAAACGAACCUUUUCUGUUGUGUUUUCGGGCAUCAUUCUUC